UGCUGCUCCUCACGACUGUCGGCCUUAGACACCUUGUAUGUGUGUCCUGGUUAGUUGCUAAUGGCCGUUAGGCUAGGGCAGCGACUCUAAAUCUGUUGAACCAUUCAAUUCUUCUGAUACCAACAUCUAAACGAGGCCAUUCAAAGCAUAAAAUCAAUAGUGGUCAAUGUCUGGUAAAUGAUAUAAUAUAUUUAUACCUUUUCAGUGAUCAAGACUUUAUAGAUUUGUUAUUAAAUUUGAUGAGACGUUAUUGGAACUUUGAGAAGUGUGUGAAGGGAAUAACUGGUUUUAUUCGAGCUCAGCCAUUGACCCUGCUGUGUAAAAACGUUGCAUAGUCCUCCUGUGUGCUCUGUGCUCACCGAAUCGCCCUGAGGAGAUACAAUGGAUGAACAGGGGGUAAGUGAAAAUGAUACCGAUUAAAAAUAUUUUGGUAAAAGAAGAUUGGCGUCACUCUAUGUGGUUUUAAUUUUUUCUUGAAACUUUGAAUACACGCCCGAAGAUUCUGUUAAAUGUAAGCAACGCCGAAAGGAAAAGAAAAUAUAUUAUAACAAAAUUAAAAGACUCGUUGCUUCCACACAUCUAAAAUAACCUGCACAUACAAGGGGGGGGGGAGUGUUCAUAGAGAGGCGGAGGGGGUGAUCACCGGGCAACAACAAUAUGGCGUGUGAAGAUUGUGUUUUAUUUAUACAUAAUAUUAGCUUCUUAGGAAAAGCGCCCGUUUCAGAGUGUUUGAACUCAAUUGUAUGGUUCACCCUCAGGUGGUGAAACCCUACAGUUGUAAGACCUCCAACAAUCAGAAAUUAUUGUGGUUCCUGGCUGCACUAAUUCUUUAAUUAUUGCCAGGAGGACAUCUUUACCGCGGUUCUCAACAACCCUGAAAAAGAUUUUGUUUGAUCCUCUUUCAAUCCCACCAAAACCUAUUUUCCUUCUACGCGUUUGCCUUUAUGAUACUUCUGCUUGCCGAAAUUUGGAUUCAUCCAUCUCCUCAAUUUUACCCACUCCUCCUAAACUCUCACUCCUCACAACACACGCUUCCAUACAGACCUCGCCACAAAAACUGACCCAGUCUUUUACGGUACCCCGAAAAAUGCUUACUUCUUUUGCAAUAUGUCCCAAAAAAUUUUUCUUAACCAAAAAUGUGUCAAUAACAUGUCACACGUCAAUCUACUGUCACUAAAACACGACCCCUUCCUUAAACUAUGCACAAUAUUGCCAUGACUUUUGUCACCACAUUGCCAUGCAAACCCAUCGGAAGCAUUUGCCCAUGCACACAAGUUCAUACCCUUCUUACAAUGGGCACAUUCGUUUCUAUCUGCAAUGAGACCGGUACUCAUGAGCCAAUCUAUCACACUCCUUUCGCCCUGACUUUCCAGACGAUUCCAAAAACGGGGGUUAAAUUCAGGCUCCAUCUGCAUAAAUUUACCCAAUAUUUAUCUAACUAAAACUGCUGACUGUUACAAACCUAUUCUUACUUAAUAGGUUCGUUGGCUUCGUUGUCUACGGGUUUAUUAUAUACACUUCACAACUAUAAUUCCUAGAUAAAAUAUCUUUAUUCAUCAACUAAUUCCUCAACUGCCAUUACUGUACUCAAAGAACAACACUCCACACCCAAAUCUACAAUAAUAAUACGUCAUAUCCCUUUCACACAAUACGUCACAAGAUACUAAGAAUAACAGAUAAAACAACACACAUAAUCUCAAACCAACACGCAAUCACACUAUACACUCAAGUCCCUAACACCCCACACUUAAUCAAGUUUUCCGAAAGAAACAUGGACGUCGGGUAUACGCGAAACUGCACCCACUGAAUUUGAGGCUCUUCCUCCCCAGAUCCGUCCCCGUUUCUGUCAUUAGCCAUCGACACCCCUCGCUUUUCGGCCCGCCCCUCUUUAACAAAAGGACAGUGUUCGCAACUUUAUAGAAAAAAAUUAGUAAAUAAGAUGAAUAUAAUUUUCAUUAAAUUGUGUCUAGUGAGUUGGGCCAUAGGUAGAUUCUAGUGGCGAGACUUUGCUGGAGCUUACAGUAAACACCUCAAUUAAAAUGAAUUUGGAUUAUUUUGGACAAGGGGGGGGGGUGGUGUUAUAGCAGAUCAUGAUUGCUUUUAUGCCUAAUUUUAGCGCCACCCAGUAUCACAGAUAGGGUAAGUGCCACACUGGGUGGAGUGGGCAGUAUUUGUGCCGCCCCUUUUGUGAUGAAAACUAUUCAGUAGGCAGCGAUUAUUUAAGAAAUUUUUCCCGGGGGGGGGGGGGCGGUGCCAGUUGAUUUAUUGUCGGAAAUUUUUUUCCUCCGGGGGGCACUGGGCUUUACCCGGGGGGGCAUUCGCCCCCCCCCCGAGAUAUAGUUGAAAGAAACCCAGGCAGUAGGCUGCGUCGUUCAUAAAAGGAAAAAGCCCCUCGCCCCACCCUUCUUAUAUCGCUGGCAAUGCCCACCCGAACAUCUCAAAUGCCCCCCUCCUCCCCCUCCCCCUUAGAUCCAGAAUGAAUUCUCUGAAGAAAAAAAAAUGAUCUUAUCUCAUUUACUGAUGCAACGGGGUGCGGGUCUAUUUUCAUGCUUUCGCCACUGGCGCAAGUUUUCCUCGUAACGGCCCUGUUCAUACGAUUCUAUCAUAAAAAUGUGGCAGUAAAUCUCCAUUUGUGCCCCAGGCAAUAUUUUAUAAUGUUGUGUUAAGUGUUUUAACCUAGUAAGUUACACCUCAAAAGGUCGUUGUGCGCACGCCCGCAGAGAUUUCUGAAUUAAGUUAUCCAUUUUGAAAUAAUCCCUUUGGGGCCGGGAGCCCUAAAUUAUUUGUUUCUUACAGGAGAUAUACAAAUAUAAUUUCAACCAGAGCUGUUGCAUGGGUGGAUGGAAUUGAAUCAAAUAAAACUAGUAACAUUUCAGUUCGCGUGUGACACAAUUAGUAGGUUUCUGAAUUAGUACAAACAUGUAACAAUUUUGCGUUUUGGGACCGGGAUGUCUUAAUUGAUUAUACUUUUAUUUUGUGAGCUAUAUAAAUAUAAUUCUAAAAAGAGCUGCAGCAUGGGUGGAUCAAUCGUUACAAGUGUGUGGACUAAAUGUUGAACGGCCAAGCUUCUCACGCGGACAGCUGUAUGUUGCCUGCUCACGCGUCGAAAAACCUAAUUAAUUUAUAUACGCACCAGACUUAAAAAAAACAAAAAAUAUUUUCUAUUUAAAAAUUACUUCAAAAUCAUAAUUAAAUCACCAACACAUUUUUAAAAAAAUUUGAGUGACAUUGCAACGCAUGCCGGGUUCUCGUUAGAGUUAUAUAUGUUUCAAAAGAAUCCGAAAUUAGACUGAUGCACUCAUAUGAUAGAAUGUAUUUUACAUGGAAAUUUAAACGUAACAAGUGUUAAAUUUAGUUACGUCUGUAUCAUCAGCCGUUGUAUAUUAGCUGUUAGUAGUACAAACAUGUGCUUAUGAGCAGGGAACAACAGAUGGUGUGCAUGUACCAUUAACAUAGCGUGGGUAGGGAAACUUAAGUGGUGCACAUGUGUAUUAUUGAGAUCAAGUGGGCAGGGGACAGCAGACGGUGUACAUGUGUACCAUUGACAUCAAGCUACAGAUAAUGCACAUGUUCAAUUUAAAAAAAAAAUGACUAAUUAUAUAUGUAUAUAUUUCAUUUUCCAAACCUCUCCUUUUCCCACCCUUCCUCAUUCUUCUCACCCAAUCACUCACUCUCUCACUCUCUUUCUCUUUCUCUCCCUCUCUCUCUCUCCCUUAGUCUUAAACACAAACACAAACAAACACACACAAACAUACACAAACAGCAACAGACAUCCACACAAUCUGGGCAUUUAGCUAGAUGAUAUUCAUCAACACUGAAUGGUGGCUCAUAAACACUGAAUGGUGGCUCAUAAACACUGAAUGGUGGUUCUUUAACACUGAAUGGUCACUCAUAAACACUGAAUGGUGGCUCAUAAACACUGAAUGGUGGCUCUUAAACACUGAAUGGUGGAUCAUCAACACCAAAUAGUGACUAAUCAAUAACGAAUGAUGGCUCAUCAACACCGAAUGUUGGCUCAUCAAAAUUAAUUGAUGGAUCAUAAACACUGAAUGGGGGCUCAUCAACACUGAAUUGUGGCUCAUCAAUACCGAAUAAUGGCUCAUUAACACUAAAUGGUGGCUCGUCCGCACUGAAUUGCGGCUCAUCAACACCGAAUGGUGGCUCAUCAAACAGAAGAAAACCUUUGACUAGAAAACUCCACUAACCUGCGGCAAACCCCUCCUCACCUCCGUGGUCAACGCUAUGUGUGAAAGCCCAGACAGAAAAAUGCGGACACGUCUUGAUAUUGAGCUCCAUGAAAUUCCAGAAACUCUAGGAACUCCCUGGUUCCUUUGAUGUUCCUUCGGUUUCACUAUCAACUGUCAACCGUCCGUGAAUUUAUGUAGAGUCCUUAUAAGUUUUACCUAAUAUGAUGUGACCAACAAGUUCCUUACCCUAAGAACUUUGUAAAAAUUGUACGAAGAUCCAUUGAGAAGAAGCACAACAGAAAAUUCCAAUGUUUAUGAUUUCCACUUGCUUGUUUUAAUAUGUUCAGCAGGAGCACUGGUGAGAAAGCCACAUAAUAAUCUAAGACUAUAAUGUCCAUGCCUCAUUGCCAAAUGGCAUUGUCACAUAGAAUAGGUUAUACGGAUAUUGGGAUAUUUUUGCUUCACAGCUUCCAAAAAUUAAUAUUGACCAUUUUUGUGUACACAUUCUUAUGUUUUACCACAAAAAUGGUAAUUUUCGGAGCAACUUGAAGCUAUGCUUUUGACUGUAUUGUUUGACUUUGCAUUUGACUGCAUUGUUUUACUUUAGAUUUGACUGUAUUGUUUGACUUUAGAUUAGGACUGAAGUAUUUUCUGAAACAUCAAAAUCCAGUAGGCGCCCAAGGAUUCAAAAGUUUUUUUGUUGUUUUUUUUCCCGGCCAUAAUUUUGAAACUCCGACUUGUGAAUUUUUAAUAACUAAACUAUGACCGCGAAGAAACAGGGAUACAGUUGGAUUAGGAAAUGCUGAAAUUUUGGAACUACUGAUUACAUGGGAUUAUCAGAGAAGUUUUUCUUUAUUGUUAUAUAUAUGCGUUGUAUUUUAUAUAUUUUCAUAUAAUUGUUUUUUUCUGGUGAACGGCCUUAAUCCGACACCAGUUCUCCUGCGUUAGCAUUGGGUGUGGCUUACUCCCUUUGAUCUUCUUUAGCACAAACCAAUCUAUCGCCUGUUUCUAGAGUCGAAUGCGGUAGAACAGUCCCCAUUUGAGUCCCCAUUAUGAUACGCUUUCUGAUCUCGAACCAUCGAUGAAAUUGACUAUAACUACAGCGAAUGGCACACAGCACAGAGCAAAGGCGCAGACAGCUUGAGAGAGUUAUUUUAGAACCCGUGCCGUCUUAAGGCAUGGGCACAGUGGGCACUUGCCCAGGGCCCCACGCUUCUAAGGGGGCCCCUUGCUCCUAGGAGACUCACUCUUAUAAAGGCUUCAUGUUGCAAAUAUUGUUAAUGAAUAGUGAAACGUUUUGGCAAUUAAAUUUGAUUUAAAAAUCAGUGGACAGCACGUUUCCCAGUUUUAGCCCACUAUUUUAUCGGCACGUUCCAAAAUUAAUAUUAUAAAUGCGAAUAACAAGUUGGAUACUUUUAAACUUUUAAAGGGGAAUAACUCUCGUCAACAAGUUUUACUUCUCCUGGAUAUGAAUCGAAAAAUAAUAAAGUUAGUGUAUUUGUCUACAAUCAUGUUAGAUACAUAUUUUGGCCCGGGUGGUAAUAACCCUAGAUACGCCUCUGCUCCGUGGUGAAAUUAGUGGAGAAAAAUCUAUCUUAGCACCAGUUCAAGUGCUACUAAAUUUAAUUAGCAUUAUAUCAGGAAUGUGUAGGUCACCAAUGAAUAAUUCAUAAUUCUUUUAAAAAGUAACUUAAUUUUUAAAAACAGAAAAACAAAACCCAAAAAACAUAAUAAUUUUUCAACAGAAAAAUAUUUGGUAUUCUGUGUCCGAAAAAACAUAUUUAGAUGAUAAAUAGAACCCAACAGUCACCGCAUGUCUGAGCAGUAGGCAGAAAUAUUACAGGCAUUUAGACAUAAUUUGUGCUCACUGUUUCAAGCUCAGCGUAAUUUUCAUCUUGCAUACGGGUAGCUCAAACACAGAGAUCGAUUUUAUUAAUGGCACCAUUUCUAUUGAUCAUUUCUAUUGAUCAUUUCUAUUGAUCAUUUCUAUUGAUCAUUUCUAUUGAUCAUUUCUAUUGAUCAUUUCUAUUGAUCAUUUCUCGAUGUUCGUUUUUAGCAGGGCACGUGUCAGUCUGAAGGGACAGACAAAUCCAUUUUUGUAAAAAUAAUUACCUGUAUCUUUUAAACGGAUCGCUGCUAUUACCAUAGAAAUACUUGUAACCAAAGAAUAUAUUUCUAGGUGUUUAACCCCUUAAUCGGGAAUGAAAGAUUAGUUUUAUAAUUAGAGCACAGAAGAGAAAAAGAGCAGAGGAGACAAGGAAAACGGGUAAACCUGCAAAAUUAACAUCUUGGUUAAAUCCAAUCGAAAUAUCAAUGACUAAUACUGCUCAUCAAAAUAAAAAAGUUUCAUCUACAUACUCUAUUGGACCCAGCCAUCUAGUUCCAGACAAUACCAUAACCUAUUUUCUCUGCUGGGGAAAGUGUAAAAAUUGAGACACACAAAGCUGUGUCAGUGUACGAGAGUCUGUGAUUCAACACACGAAGCUGUGUCAGAAAACGAGAGUGUGUGAUUCAACACACAAAGCUGUGUCAGAAAACGAGAGUCGGUGAUUCACCACGCAGAACUGUGUCAGAAAACGAGAGUGUGUGAUUCUCCACACAGAUCCCGGACUUUGGAAUAUUAAGAACAUUUGUACAGUUGAGUACUGAAUUCGCGGUGGGCCAUCAUUGUGUCAGAAUCAUGACUGUAACCUUUCAAACUCAGGCAGAGCUGGAGAAGAAAGAACCAAGACAAUGUAUUUAUCAAGAAAUAUGUUCAAACGUGAACUGCGGAAUGGCGAGUAUGUAAAACUUGAAUGGCUUCUCUAUUCACCAUACCAAGGUUGUUUGUAUUGUUUUGGCUUCUCUAUUCACCAUACCAAGGUUGUUUGUAUUGUUUUGGCUUCUCUAUUCACCAUACCAAGGUUGUUUGUAUUGUUUUGCGUGUCGUUUAUUUUCCAAAAAAGUAUUUCCCUUUGCUAUAUCAGGAUUUAAGUACUGGAAACAUAACAAUCUAAAUGUAGAACAUGGAAAUGGAGUAGUGCAUCGCAAGGACAUGACUGCAUGUUUUCUUCGACUGAAAGAAGCUAGGCGAAAUCUAAAGAUUGGCAACUCCUGUGUAAAAGAAAGAGCAUAUAGAGCCUUUGUCCGUCCGGUUUUAGAUUAUGCAUCUUCAGCCUGGGACCCAUUUACCUAGAAGAGCAUUGACAGGUUGGAGGCGGUCCAGCGACGAGCAGCACGCUUUGUCCUAAAACGCAACAGGAAUACCUCUAGUGUUGGCAGCAUGCUGGAAAGUCUAGGCUGGUCACCAUUGGAGGAACGACGACGACAAUCCAGGCUCUCCAUGAGGUACAAGAUAAAUAAUGGGCUGGUCCACUGUUCAAGUAUUAAAAAGGAACUCGUCCUUCUCCCCCAUAGACAGCGACGAGGCCAUGACAGGCAAUUCAGGCUCAUACCAGCAAGAAGCCAGUAUAGGAGCUGCUCAUUCCUGCCCAAGACAAUCAGGGACUGGAACAAGCUUUCAAAAGGAACAGUUGAGGCAACAACACUAGACACAUUUGAGUCUAUGGCCUCAAGCCUUCAAACCCCUAGUGCAUGAUUCCCUCACAAAGUGGCACUGGAAAUCAGUGAAAUUUCCUCGUCAACACCAGGCACAGAAACAUUGCAAAUCCCAUCUACAUGCAUAGGAGCCAAAAUGAUCAAUAAAUUUAUCGUGGGCCCUUAAGAUAUAGAAGAAGAAGAAGGUGUUUAGGUCCUUUAUUAAUCAAAGACCACAGGUCAAAACAGAAGCACUGGCAUCAAGUUCUGACUCGUGGGGUUUAUGUCGUUUGCUUGCUUGCCUCCAGAGGAUUGGGUCAAACUAUUGGGUCAGUAAACUAUGGACAUUCUUUAGGUAUUUUAGAGCUGCUGAGCGAAUUUAACCCUUUUUUGGAAGAGUAUCUAAAACUGAAUGGAAAUGCUGGAAAGGGUAACACAUCAUAUCUGUCGUCAAAUAUUUGAGAAAAAUUUAUUGAUCUAAUGGGGCAACAUGUCCUUUUUGCUAUUCUCGAAGAAAUGAAAGAGUCAAAGUAUUAUUCAGUAAGUUAUGAUUCCACUUCAGACAUUUCUCACAUUGAUCAACUGUCAUUUACGGUUCAGGAUAUUCGAGGGUGUAAGUCUGUGGAAUUUUUUUCAAGUUAAUUUCCAUAUUUUCCCAUGGAGCAAAGGAUCUAACAGACACUGUUGUGUAUCAAAGGAUCAAACAGACGCUUUUGUGUAUCAAAGGAUCUAUUAGACACUGUUGUGUAUCAAAGGAUGAAACAGACACUGUUGUGUAAUCUAAGGAUCUAGCAGACAAUGUUGUGUCUCAAAGGAUCUAACAGACACUGUUGUGUAUCAGAGGAUCAAACAGACGCUUUUGUGUAUCAAAGGAUCUAACAGACACUGUUGUGUAUCAAAGGAUCUAACAGACACUGUUGUGUAAUCAAAGGAUCUAGCAGACAAUGUUGUGUCUCAAAGGAUCAAACAGACGCUUUUGUGUAUCAAAGGAUCUAACAGACACUGUUGUGUAUCAAAGUAUCAAAGGAUCUAGCAGACAAUGUUUUGAAUUUCCUGAAUGAGAACAAAAUUCCGCCUUCAAUUUGCCGUGGUCAAUCGUAUGACAAAGCUUAAAAUGUAUAUGUCUGGACGCUACACUGGAUUGCAAGCACGAGUUUGCCGUGUAUGUCCCUUGUGCCGGACACAGCUUGAACUUAGCGGGGUUAAAAGCAGCAGAGUGUUGUCUACAAGUUGGACAAUUCUUUGACUUUGUUCAGCGCCUAUAUACCAUUUUCCUUACUUCUACACAUCGAUGGAAUGUUCUGGUAUCUUCGCUAGGAAAAUCUCUCGUUGUCUUAAAGCAUCUGUCUGACACAAGAUGGUCGGCACAUUUUGAUGCCGUCAACGUUUCAAAAACAAAAUACAAGAUGCUCUGGACUCUGUAUCAGCUGACUCUGGACUCUGUAUCAGCUGACUCUGGACUCUGUAUCAGCUGACUCUGUAUCAGCUGACACUGAUGAGGAAAAGAAAAAACGAGGCGUGAGGCAAAAAAAACACCAAAGUAAUAAAAUGGAGAACCUGAUAAUUUAUCAUCAUCAGCAACAACUGUUUGCACCACCCUCUCCCCCUCAAUUGCUUGAGGAUGGGGCGAGUGCCCCACUUCGCCCCCCUUCUAACAACCCUGGUGUGUUGUGUUGCUGGGGGCCCUAGAGCAUUGCUGUGCCCAGGGCCCCCUAUGUUCCAUAGAUGGCCCUGUUUAGAACAUUUGCGUGCUUUGUUUACAGUAGACUUCCUUUCAUUAUUUUUACCUCUUUGCACAUUGUGUUUUUUUAUUAGACAUUGUACUGAUACCAGUCACACAAUAUCCUGUAAGUCAAUAUUUUUUAAUUAUAUUUCUUUUUGACUGUUGUACUUUAUUAUUAAUUUAAUAAGACUUAUGAAUUGUUCUUAGCCCUGUUUCGAGUAUCGUAUUCUCUGUUAUUGUUUUUAUCAUUUAUCGUCUUUUGUUAUGCACUCUUUUGGAACGAGCCAUAGAUGUAACUAGGAGAUUAAUUUCUCCCUACUGAUAACAGUGCGUAACAGUACUCUCGCAACAAUUUCCUGAUUUUUCAGUGAAGCAAUAAAUUAACUAGUCUACAGAGAAAAGAUUAGUCCUGUAUCAAAGCGUGAAGGCGAAGGUCAACAGCUAUGCACUUGAAAUAAAUGUGCCAUUACCUAGCUAUCCAUAUUAUUGAAAGACUCUAUCUGUAUCUCACCAAAUGGUAAGCAAAGAUUACCCAAUGAUUGUCUCUACUAUAUUUAUAGUUUAAAAUUUUAUUUAUCUAUGUCAAGUAUAAAUACAUUCAGAGUUUUGACUAAACUUACCAUACAGAACGGUUUGACAAAGAUCGUCCCGUUUUGAAAACCUUUCCCGGGCAUCACGGCUGAUUUUGUACUAUACCCUGGUUAGGCCAGAUUGGUAAUAUGUCUCCGUUUGGUCGGUUAGGUAAUAUGUCCCCGUUUGGCCAGUUUGUUAAUAUGUCCUCGUUUAGCCAGUUUGGUAAUAGGUCCCGGUUUGGCCGAUUUGGUAAUAUCUCCCAACUUGGCAGUUUUGGUAAUAUGUCACGGUUUUGUAAUAUGUCCCGUUUGGGCAGUUUGGUAAUAUAUCCCGGUUUGGCCGAUUUGGUAAUAUGUCCCCGUUUGACGGGUUUUGUAAUAUGUCCCGCUUUGGUAAUAUUCCCCGUUUGACGGGUUUUGUAAUAUGUCCCGCUUUGGUAAUAUUCCCCGUUUGGCCAGUUUGGUAAUAUGUCCCCGUUUGGCCAGUUUGGUAAUAUGUCCCGUUUGGGCAGUUUGGUAAUAUAUCCCGGUUUGGCCGAUUUGGUCAUAUGUCCCCUUUUGGCGGGUUUUGUAAUAUGUCCCGGUUUGGUAAUAUGUCCCCGUUUGGCCAGUUUGGUAAUAUGUCCCGGUUUUGGUAAUAUUCCCCGUUUAGCCAGUUUGGUAAUAUUCCCGGUUUGUCGAGUUUUGUAAUAUGUCCCGGUUUGGUAAUAUCUGCCCGUUUGGCCAGUUUGGUAAUAUGUUCCGGUUUACCGGUUUGGUAAUUAUGUCCCCGUUUGGCCAGUUUGGUAACAUGUCCCGGUUUGGUAAUUAUGUCCCCGUUUGGCCAGUUUUGUAAUAUGUCCCCGUUUGGCUAGUUUGGUAAUAUGUCCUGGUUUGGCCGAUUUUGUAAUAUGUCCCCGUUUGGCCAGUUUUGUAAUAUGUCCCCGUUUGGCCAGUUUUUUUAAUAUGUCCCCGUUUGGCCAGUUUUGUAAUAUGUCCCCAUUUCCAUCACAAUUUUUAAAAUUAAAAGAAUCUAUUUUCCCGGCUAUAUUAUAGAGUCUUGUAAGCAUUGUCAACAUCAGAACUUGGUUUCCAUAAAAUGCUAUAUUUAUUGUUACUAAGCUAAAAUUGUAUGCGUAGGGACAUAAAGAACGUCAAGUAAAGACCACCAGGUGCGUCAUGCUAUUUGUACCCCCCCCCCCCCCCCCCUGUCAAUCUUUCGGAAAUCUCAGAGCCUCCAGCCCCCACCGCCACUUUUUUUUUCUUUAGAGCACGUCACACUUUUGAUUAUAUAUAUAUAUUUUAAACUUCAAAUUAAACUUUAAUCUAAAAUACACUUACAAUUAAACUAGGCAAUGUAUGAAAGUGAAAUCUUAUGUCCAAACCUAUCUGUCACAUCAGACACUUAACAUCACUGUCAAUUAUACGUUUUAGUUUGCGUGCUAAAAAAAAAAAUUACACAAUGUUUGACGUCACACAAGAUCUUUACCCCACCCUCACCUCGGUGCACAAAUUGUCAGACUUUCGUAGACCCCCCCACCUCCUUUUUCCCGGAGCGCGGACGGCCCCCAAGAAAAGACCGCCAGGUUCUAAGCCAAAAACUAAUAUGGUAUGAUUAGUUUUGUUCAUAGAUGGUAUAAAUGUAUUUAAAAAAAAAAAUUAUCUUAAUUCUUCUUGACAUUUACAUCUAGAUCUAAAUCUCUUUCUUUAUCAUUUCUACAGCCUCGUCGAUUGAGAGAGUUAUUUCGGGGUCGCUUCAGACAGGAAGAGGCAAUCAGGCUCAUUCAACAGCUAGGGGGCGUGGCGGAGGCAGCUGAUUUUAUUUUUAAUAGUAGGUAACCUUAUUGAAAUAAUGUUUAGAGAUUCAUAAAUGGGUGACGAGAGGUAGGCUGACCAGACGUAGGCUAGCGAGACUUAGACUGACCAGAAUUAGGUUAACGAGACUUAGGCUGACGAGAAUUAGGCUGACAAGACGUAGGCUGACCAGACUCUGGCUGACCAGACUUAGGCUGACCAGACGCCAGACGUAGGCUGACCAGAUGUAGGCUGACCAGAAGUAGACUGACUAGACUUAGGUUUACUAUAAUGUUGACAAAAUAAUUUAAAAAGUUGAUGUUGAUGAUUGAAUCUAAAUUUUAUUAGAUAAAUUCAAUGCACAUUUCACAGAGCCACCACUUGAUCCCUACAGCCCCUGCUGCGGGGGUAUCGGAUAUUUGAGAUAAAAUUAGAUUAAAAUUGGAUUAUUUUCUUAUCCGAAUAAGUGAAAAAUUUUUUUGUAUUACAAUGUGCCUAAUUUGUUUUUCGUUCUAUUAUUACUUGCGUUGUGAUGUCAUCGUUGUUGUAUUGUUACAGUUGCAUCCCCGUUGUUGUCAAUACUUGGGGCCGGUGGUUCUCGCGUUGAGAUGUGAGAGGCCAUGUUGUUUUACCUGUAGCUCGUCAUCACAAUCUCGACAUCAAGCUGAACAGAGGCGUUAGCUUUAUGUGUCUUCGUCAAAGUAUUUCUCAACGUAACAGCUUGUUUCUUUGACUUGUUGGCGCUGAUAUUUGGUGUUACUUCCUCUGUUCACAACAUUUUUGUGUGUAUAAUUUUAACAACGCCCUAUAUCUUAUAUUUCAUUGUUGUAUAGAUUAUUGCAAAUAAAAAUUAUAUAUAUAUUUGUAUAAAUGGUAUCAAUUUACAUGCUGAAGCAGGGUGCAGCUCAGCACCAGUGUUAAAGACACUGUUGGUGUCAUCAAUGAUAUGAAUAAGUCUGAAACGUCCAUGUCCAUAGACCUACCAAUAAAGACAGACAAUACUACUCAGUCUGCUUAAAACAUGACACAGACAGAAAUGCUGCUUUGUGGACUGUAUAAGAAGCUUUGGUCAGUCGUCAGCUGCAUAUAAUGUACCGCUAUUGUCUACACCAGUGGUUCUCAAAAAUGUUUGCACCGGUAUCGUGCUGAGAAUUCACUUAACAUCGCAUGCAGUGGAGAAAGAUCGUUCGGUCAUUUAAAAUGAAAACAAAACUCUUCGUUGAGGUCAGCCACUCGCCAGGUCGAUUGGCAAAAUUAACUCUUUUAAAUAUCCAGUCAGAAAUAUUGACAAGUCUUGACUUUCAUUGUGUCAAUGUUUGUUUCUUUAAAUUGAAAGCGUAGCAGAAAGAAUGUUAAAUUCGUUGACCAUAUUAUAGUAAUUACUACAUCUUUUUAAUUCUUUCGCAUUUUUAGUUUUUUUUCCCCUUAUUUUAUAUUUAAAAUAUAUAUAUGUAUUGUUUUACUGUGGUUACAUGUGUUGUUUUCUUUGGUUAUGUCCUCACCAGUCCUCCCUGAGGACAUUAGUCCCGCCCUGAGUGCAGUUAUCAGGGAAAAAUUAGUCUGAAAAAGUAUUUUAAAACAUUUUAAUAAAACAUUUCAGAUGACCCAGCAGAAAUUAACCGGAUACUUAACAGGGUAGGUAAGAUAACAAUUUUAUUCAGGGUAGAGAAUAUUUUGGCUUCACUGGUCAUCCUUUCUCUGGUCAUUCUUUCUCUGGUCAUCUUUCUCUGGUCCUCCUUUCUCUGGUCAUCCUUUCUCUGGUCAUCCUUUCGCUGGUCAUCCUUUCUCUGGUCAUCCUUUCUCUGGUCAUCCUUUCACUGGUCAUCCUUUCUCUGGUCAUCCUUUCUCUGGUCAUCCUUUCUCUUAGUAAAUUAAAAGACGCGGUGUAGUAAUUUAAACAAAAUAUACAAUAAGGUAUACUCACUGGUAGAGAUUAUAUAAUGUAUACUGCAUGGUAGAGAUUAUAUAAUGUAUACUGCCUGGUAGAGAUUAUAUAAUGUAUACUGUCUGGUAGAGAUUAUAUAAUGUAUACUGCCUGGUAGAGAUUAUAUAAUGUAUACUGCCUGGUAGAGAUUAUAUGAUGUAUACUGCCUGGUAGAGAUUAUAUAAUGUAUACUGCAUGGUAGAGAUUAUAUAAUGUAUACUGCCCGGUAGCGAUUAUAUAAUGUAUACUGCCUGGUAGAGAUUAUAUAAUGUAUACGGCCUGGUAGAGAUUAUGUAAAGUAUACUGUCCGGUUGAGAUUAUAUAAUGAAUACUGCCUGGUAGAGAUUAUAUAAUGUAUACUGCCUGGUAGAGAUUAUAUAAUGUAUACUGCCUGAUAGAGAUUAUAUAAUGUAUACUGUCCGGUUGAGAUUAUAUAAUGUAUACUGCCUGGUAGAGAUUAUAUAAAUGUAUACUGCAUGGUAGAGAUUAUAUAAUGUAUAGUGCUCGGUAGCGAUUAUAUAAUGUAUACUGCCUGGUAGAGAUUAUAUAAUGUAUACUGCCUGGUAGAGAUUAUAUAAUGUAUACUGCCUGGUAGAGAUUAUAUAAUGUAUACUGCCUGGUAGAGAUUAUAUAAUGUAUACUGCCUGGUAGAGAUUAUAUGAUGUAUACUGCCUGGUAGAUAUUAUAUAAUGUAUACUGCAUGGUAGAGAUUAUAUAAUGUAUACUGCCCGGUAGCGAUUAUAUAAUGUAUACUGCCUGGUAGAGAUUAUAUAAUGUAUACGGCCUGGUAUAGAUUAUAUAAAGUAUACUGUCCGGUUGAGAUUAUAUAAUGAAUACUGCCUGGUAGAGAUUAUAUAAUGUAUACUGCCUGGUAGAGAUUAUAUAAUGUAUACUGCCUGGUAGAGAUUAUAUAAUGUAUACUGCCUGAUAGAGAUUAUAUAAUGUGUACUGUCCGGUUGAGAUUAUAUAAUGUAUACUGCCUGGUAGAGAUUAUAUAAAUGUAUACUGCAUGGUAGAGAUUAUAUAAUGUAUAGUGCCCGGUAGCGAUUAUAUAAUGUAUACUGCCUGGUAGAGAUUAUAUAAUGUAUACUGCAUGGUAGAGAUUAUAUAAUUUAUACUGCCUGGUAGAGAUUAUAUAAUGUAUACUGCCUGGUAGAGAUUAUAUAAUGUAUACUGCAUGGUAGAGAUUAUAUAAUUUAUACUGCCUGGUAGAGAUUAUAUAAUGUAUACUGCCUGGUAGAGAUUAUAUAAUGUGUACUGCCUGGUAGAGAUUAUAUAAAGUGUUAGGUAUCAAGUAAUGAAAGUGAAUUACCUCUUCAAAAAAAAGAGUAAUCUUUGAAUCGUUUAAUAUCUAUUAAUAAAUCAUUUGGUAAAACUAACAAUUUGCUCUGAGUGUAUGGUUGAUAUUUUCCAAAUAGAGCGAUGAUUAUAUUGAAACUCUCCGCGCGGAGUCGGAGAUGUUAAACAUUCGCUUAGUAGAGGAACUUGAAAGCGACUCCGCGGACCACUUAUUUGCUUGUCAACCCUGUGAAAGAAGUUGGUGGAAGAGAGUGCCGAAUCGAAAGAAGGUGCUGUUUGUUUAGUUUAGAUCGAAUAAUAUUUCAUAAGAGCUUACUUUUGCUUUAGCACGGCAUUUAUUUUAAGUAACUAUUGUUUUUAGCCAGAACAAGAUGUGUAUCGAAUAGAAUCAUACUAGGAGCAGUAACGCCACUAACAUUCAGAAACACUGUUAAGUAAUUUAUCACAUUCUGAAAAUUAAGCCUCUCUCUGUUACAGUUAGUUGUAGAGUAAAUUAACUGGCUGCGGCCUUGACCCCUUCAUUCACAGGUGUCUAAAUGUUACAAGUGUCAUCAAAAGUAUGAGCCGAUUCCACGACACCUGGAAUGGGGCCUGGGAGUCUUUAAUUGCCCAAACCAACAUUGCCGAAAUGAGUUUAAGUUAGUUUCUUUACAAUGAAACUGUAAUAUCUUAAAAUAUUUUAAAUGAUUUGACCAAUUUCAAUAUUAAUUUUAAAUUAAUCAUUGUUUUGUAUGCCGGGAGAAUCAGGUAAAAAGUAAGUUAAUCAUCUGUACUUCAUAUUAUUACUUACUUAUGUUCGUUUUAUCAAAUUGAUUAUCAUACUAAUAAAACACAAGCUAAAAUUAUCAGAAAUGUGUAAAUACGAAGUCAAUGUUAACUGAAUGGUCUUAAUAGAGUUCGUGGUUCGAUGAAACUAGUUUCUUAAUGUCAUUAUAAAUCAAGUUAGAUGGAACUCGUUUGAAACUGUCAUUAUAAACCAGGUUAGAGGGAACUAGUUUGACACUGUCAUGAUAAACCAGGUUAGAUUGAACACGUUUGACACACUCAUGAUCAACCAGGUUAGAUGGAAAUGGUCAUGAUAAAUCAGGACGCCGUUACUUAGUUUAUCAGAUUGUCAUAUUUUCAAAUAAAAAGUUAUAGUUUAAAUGAUCUGACAAGCGGCUAUAGAUUGUGUACAACACUUCAUAUUUCAGUAGAUAUAUUUUAGGCUUUUAGGCAGUUAUUGUGCUGGGAGUGAACAAUUUGUGUAAUAUAUAUCUUCUAAAAAAACUCUUUUAUUUCAUUCAGGGGCAAGGCAACUAUGGGUAUGACAAAAAGCAUAUGCCAUAAAUGUAACUAUCUUGUCAAAGUUGACCACAUAUUGCCACCGAAAAAGGGGCCUAAGAUGGAGCCUAAAGACAAUCACAACUGUAACGGGAUCAACUGCUUCAGCCCCAAUCCCCCUGAUGAUAGGUACAAGUCAUUUUUUUUUACUUGCUAG